AUGAAGUCUAUUUUGCUGCUUGCUGUAACCUCCUUGGUUGGCUAUAGCGUUGCUACAACACCCCAAAGACGAGCUCUCACAGACGCAGGUGUGCCAGACACGCCGCUCGUGAAUGCUGCAAUCAACUAUACCAAGAAAUUCUUGAGCGAGCAGUCAUUCAACCAUGUCAUGCGCUCCACAGGGUUCGCCUUUAGCAUCGCCAACUAUACCUCGGAAGUAAAUGUCAUCGACAAAGAAGCCGUUGCAGUCGGCGCCAUCCUGCACGAUCUCGGCUGGGACACAUCCGGCACACUCGUCAGCACUGACAAACGCUUCGAAGUUGAUGGGGCCAUAGCCGCUCGCGUCUUUCUUGCGCGAGAAGCCCCUCACUGGAACAGACAUCGUGUGCAACUCGUAUUUGACGCCAUCGUUCUACACACCACCGCAGAUAUUGCGAUCUAUAAAGAGACUGAGGUCUCGGUGUGCAACAGAGGCAUCGAUGCCGACUUCAAUGGACCGGGCAACGGAACUCAUCCGGUGAACGGGUUGACGAAGAAGGCGUAUGAUGCCAUUGUUGAGGCAUUUCCUAGGAAAGGGUUUGUUGAGGAUAUCAAGGGGAUUAUUAUAGGGUUCUGCAGGACGAAGCCAUUGACGACGUAUGGUAACUUUCAGGAAGAUAUCGGCGACGCUUACGUGGAAGGCUACACCUCCAAGGGCAAUACUGCUCGAAAACGCAUACCAGAAUUCUAUCAUGGCGACUACACCUAUGCUGGUGAAGUAGACACCUCCGUCUCGUUUGCGGCAGCAGAGUCCUCCAGCUACUAUAUCAACACGGAAAUUGACAUACAACUACGAUCCAAGCCGGGCAGCGUUCGAACGGCGCCUGGUAGAAGCGUCUUUAGCUAUGUCGGCGAGAAAGGCGAGGUGAAGGUCACAUUUGAAUGGGUCAUGAACGGCGGAGCGCCCUUCACAUACGGAGAAUGCAUCCGCGCCUUGAACCCACUUCUCGAAUACUUGGAGGACCAUCCCGAAGAGGAAUACCACCCGGUGACCGUCACGAUUUCAGAGAAUUCGAAUUUGAAGAUUCUUGUUGAAGUCGAGCCAACCAAGGACGGUAUUAAUACUGAUUUGAAAAGCAACCUAGGUCUGAUCUUCGACGGCAAAUUCUAUCCUGGUAGAAGACUAGCCGCUGCACCCGUCAAACGUCUGUUGGCGAAGGGGCAGGCUUGGCCCGAGUUCUCUUUUAAGGCAUUGGCAGACUUGUUGGAUGAAAUUGAUUUGUAUUUUCAAGGUCUUGUGGUCUAUGGGCCGUUGUAUGGAGUGAUAUCGCGCACGCUUCGUGUGGAUCAGCCUAAUGUUGGGUAUCUGAAGAUUGAUAAGGAGGAUAUCGUUGCUGGUGCAUCUGGGAUUACUCGCAACAUGACGAAUGUUGAGACCUUUUGA